CGCUCCGCGCUGGGGCGGCGGCGGCAGCGGCGGCGCGCAGGGCGGGGUCGCGCCUCCUCCCGCGUCUCCUGUUUCAGCCGCUGCUACAGGGGCACCCAAGAUGGAAAUCCAGGGGCUGCUCGCGGCCCAGACCCCGCGCGGGAACCAACAUGGCGGCGGUAGCCGCGGCGGCGCCGCUUGUCCCCGGGUGUCCCCGCCGCCGCCACCGCCUGCGGCCUCCGGAGCCUGCGGAGGGCCCGGCCCGCCGGCCGCCUCGGUACCCGCGCGGCGCCGCCUGCUCCUCCGGGGCCCUGAAGAUGGCGGGCAGCUACUGCGGCGAGAGAAGCUACUGCCGCCGCAGCCCGGGGAGGCCUCCGUCGCCGCCGACCUAAGCCUCCCGCUGCUGCUGCUGGAUGAGAAGCCACCGCCGCCGCAGCAGCCCACUUCAGCAGCCUCGGGCCCGGCGGUCGACGCGGCCUCCUCCCCGCAGCCUCCGCUCCUAGCGCCCGAGGGUGGCGGCGGCGGCGGGGGGGAUUCCUUCCUGGUGGUGUUCAAUGUGGGGCGGGGAGCCGAGACGGAGGCCGGGGUGGUCAAGCCGAGGCCCGGACCGGCGGCGGCGUCGCUGAAGGAUGAGGGCAGCGCAGAGGAGGGCACCAGCGGCGCGAGCCCGGCCCCCCGCGCACCCGUUCGGCCCCGCGAGCAGUCCCCGGCCUCCGCUCCCUGCGGGCCGCCAGCCCCAGCUGCUGCCUUCGCGGGCACCAUCACCAUCAACAACCAGAACCUCAUCGUGCGCAUCGAGAAUGGUUUCCUGACGCUGGCGGCACCGCUGGCCGCGGAACCCAGCGCGGCCAAGGCCGGUCCGCAGCCCCCAGGCCCACCGCCGCCCCCGUCCGACGAGUUGCCGCAGCCCCCGGGCGCCGCCGGUCCCGCGCUCUGCCCCGCCGACUCUGCCGACCUGACCCUAGUCGACCCCAUGGCCAGCUUUCUGCUGGCCGAACCCUCGGCCAAGGGCCCCGCACCACCGCCGCUACCUCCACCCUCGCUGCCGCCGGGAGCCGAGAGUGGCUGCGGCUCCGGGCCGGGCGGAGGCGGUGCUGGCGGCAGCAGCACGGGCGUCGUGCUGGUCUACCACUGCCCCGAACCCGAGUGCCCGCAGACUUUCCCCAAGAAGCACCAGCUGAAGCUGCAUCUGCUUUCGCAUAGCAGUACGCAGGGCCAACGGCCCUUCAAGUGCCCACUGGACGGUUGCGGCUGGUCCUUCACCACGUCCUACAAGCUCAAGCGGCACCUUCAGUCUCACGACAAGCUACGGCCCUUCAGCUGCCCCGCGGGCGGCUGUGGCAAGAGGUUUACCACGGUCUACAAUCUGAAGGCGCACAUGAAGGGCCACGAGCAAGAGAACACGUUCAAGUGCGAGGUGUGCGCUGAGCGCUUUCCCACGCACGCCAAGCUGGCCGCGCACCAGCGCAGCCACUUCGAGCCCGAGAGGCCCUACAAGUGCGAGUUCCCCGGUUGUGAGAAGACAUUUAUCACAGUAAGUGCUUUAUUUUCCCACAAUCGAGCCCACUUCAGAGAACAAGAACUCUUUUCCUGCUCAUUUCCUGGAUGCAACAAACAGUACGACAAAGCCUGUCGCCUGAAGAUUCAUCUGAGGAGUCACACAGGUGAAAGACCUUUCAUCUGUGACUCAGAUGGUUGUGGCUGGUCCUUUACCAGCAUGUCCAAACUCCUUCGGCACAAAAGGAAACAUGAAGAUGACCGGAGGUUUACUUGUCCUGUAGAAGGCUGUGGUAAAUCAUUUACGAGAGCAGAACAUUUGAAAGGCCAUAGUGUGACCCACCUGGGCACAAAGCCAUUUGAGUGUCCAGUUGAAGGUUGCUGUGCUCGGUUUUCUGCUCGGAGCAGUUUAUACAUUCACUCAAAGAAACACCUUCAGGAUGUGGAUGCUCUGAGAAGCCGUUGCCCUGUAUCAAGCUGUAAUAAGCUGUUCACAUCCAAGCAUAGUAUGAAGUCUCACAUGGCCAAGCAGCAUAACUUUAGUUCAGACCUCUUAAGCCAACUUGAAGCGACAAGUUUUCUUACACCUAGCAGUGAACUUACCAGCCCAGGACAGAGCGAUCUUAGCAAUAUAGACCUAGUUUCUCUCUUCUCUAAUGUGUCCAGUAACAAUUCUGCAAUUACAACAGACAUGGCAUUGGUGAACUCUGGAAUUUUGACUAUAGAUGUUGCUUCGGUGAGCUCAACUCUUGGGGGGAACCUUUCUGUUAAUAAUACUAACUCCUUGGGCCAGGCUAUGGAUCCAUUGAUACUGGUGGCCAGCAGUGACAUGCCCCACAGCCUCGAUAGCUCUCUGUUGCUGGGCACAACUGCUACAGUUUUACAACAAAGCACUUUAAAUUUGGAUGAUGUCCAGACUGUAAACGCAGAAGCCCUGGGGUCCCUAGCGUCUCUGUCUGUGAAGAACUCUAGUCAAGAUCUCCAUGCUCUGACAUCUAGCAAUAACCUGACCAUAGAGCCAGCCACUCUGACUCCGUCCAGCAGCCUAACUGGGAGCAGCGUUCCCAGCCUACUGACGCCAACCAAAACGGAACGGGAUUUACUUCCCAGCUCAGACAUUGUUGGACAGCAGGAAGGAAGCAAAGUCGUGACUCAGUUUGUCUUCUCCAAUCCAGCGGCUGGCUAUAGUGCUCAGAAAGACAUGGAUCUCAGCACAGUGCCUGCAAGCUCCUUCUUGGAAAGUGGGGGCUCAGCAAGAACUGAUUACCGAGCCAUUCAGCUAGUCAAGAAAAAAAAAGAGAAAGGGCCGGGCAGCAGCACAGGGUCAUCAGGAUCUACUCAAAGGAAAUUAAAAGGUGGCAAAGUGAGUCCGACUAAUUUCUCCACAAGUCCUAGCAGUCGAUUAUGUGGGAAUAUUGUAGUGCCAAAUGGAGGCUUAACAGUACGAGAUCCGGCAACUGGAGCUCAGUUUGUUCAGAUUCAGUUAUUGCAGGAUGAUCCCCCUGGAGAUGGAGACCUGCCAUUUCAGCUCAGUUCUCAGUCUUCCACACCACAUUCUCAGCUUACUGUGGAUUUACCAGUCCAUAUACUUCAGGAGCCACACACUUCAACUGAGGAUGAUGCUGGUUCUGAUAAUUCCCAGUUCACAGGAAGCACGAUAAACUUACAGGACCUGGAAUGAGACUGUUCAUACUGCUUUGCGGGGUGGGGAUGCAAAGAGUGCAAUCAUGCUAUGGAAAAUGGAAAAGAUGUUUCCAGAGCUUAAUUUAAUUUUUUUUAAUGUGAAAAAAUUGGAGCUGAUGUAUCUUGUUUUAUGGUUCCACACGGAGACUUUCUUUAAAGGAUUCCUUGACUUAUCGAUAAAUAUUGUUUGCCUUCUGCUUGAUCUGUUAGGAAAAGGUCUCUCAGCUGGGGUUGUAGGAAGCUGCCUUGCAAGAGAGAAGGACAGCGAUAAAGCAAGCACUUUGAUCCGCUCAAUCACACCACUCCGUUUGUGACUGCCUCUCCAUUGUGGGACCUGAACCACCAGCCAUUUACUCCAUUAAAAAGUGACAGCUCCUGUGAGGGCUCGGGUCAGCUGGUCUGAGCACUGAGAUUAGAAGGGGAGAAAGCACAAGACGUUCUUGAGAGAAGACACAUCACAGGCCUCAGACCCGAGUCUUCCCAGAACUUGUCAGGCGGGCUGGAUGCCCCUGGGCCAGUCCUGCUCCAGGUGCCUGGAGAGGCUGUGGAAGCCUUACUCAGAGGAGGAAGCAGGCUUAGAGAGGUCUAGGGCCCUGCUCAGGAAUUGUACAGCUAGUGCCCAUGGCAGGAUAUGAACCUGUGUCUUCCUGAUUCCAAAUCCAGCCCUCUAUCCGCUAGGCUGCACUGCCUAUGUUCCAUACAGCAUGUUUUACUGUAGUUCAAGGCAGCAAUGCAGUCAUACAGAAGGGAAUGGGUGAACCCAGAUAUUGGGACACGAAGGAUCCCAGAGGGCUGGGUGGAAGGGGAGGCCAUGUCAAACCCUUGCCUGUGAUCAGAAGGAGGUUGUGAUGUGCAGUGAUCUCGGCCCCCAGACCCCAGGAGAUGAGGGCUUCAGUGUGCCCGAGAGCAGGAAGGGAGCCAAUAGUGCACACCUUGGAGUAUGCCGCUGGCCAUCCUGGUUUCAUACCCCACAUAAAAUUUUGGCCAUAGAGUUAACCUUUUAAAACAUUACAUUUUGCAUUUGUGUAUUUACAUUUAUUGGUCACUUGAUAGUUUGGAAAGUGUGUACUGACUGCCUAUAAAAUUAUGUAUAGGACUUGAAUAUGGUAUGCGGCUGGUGUACCUUUUUUGUGGUGAGGUCUCCAAUGUUCUUUGUAUAAUAUGUAUAAAUGGAUCUUUUUUACAAAGGAAGCUGUGCCAUGCAAAGGGCUUGCGUUUGUAACCUUGCACAUAUUUAUUUGUUAUUUACAGUUCUGGAAUUCACACAGGGUCAUUCAGAAAUGCUUUUUUUUCUUGUGCCUUUGGAAGUCUAUGCUUGUGUAAGAUGCUGUUUUGUUUCUGGGACCUGAAAGGAAUACAGAUUACUCCUGCUCUGCAUUUCUUGAAUUUGUAGACUUUUGCUUCUUGGAGCAAUUCCAGCAAACCACUGCGACCCCGACUGCCCUGCUGUUGGCGCUAUCCAGCCCCCUCUGAGCCAGUUGUAGGUGGGGACCAUGGCUCUCAUGUGCCCGCCUUCAUCGAAUUGCAUGUUGCCUCCCUGGCCGCCUGCCCACUCGGCAGGCGUGGUUCUGGCAGGAGAAGGUCCCCAUCCGUCCCCUCCAGGAGCCCAGCUCCUUCCCACCCCAUGGGGCGCUUCCACCUGGGAGGUUUUUGGCUUCAACAUGGAAUAACCCAGGACGUGCCCUGACUAGCAGUUGGGCUUUUCUUGGCUUUGAGGUUCAUUGCUGGCAAUGGACGUGAUCCCAAAUGCAGAUGAAUAAUAAAGCUUUUUUUAUGGUCUUA